UCGGCCUGGGACGCGGCCGUAGGCGCGGGUCGGGUGCCUGCGGGCCGCUGGCGGAGGGUGGAACGCGGCCAGGCCCUUACGUGCUCCGUCCUUCUCGUGGCGUUCCGGGGCCGGUUCGGGUCUGUGUCUCCCUCGGUGUCCGCCGGGGCGGCGGCGGGGCGUCCCGUCUCGCUUAGGUCCCCUGGGCCUGGCUUGAGCCGCCGUGCAGGGCUUCGGGGAGGCUGCGAAAAGAGCUGUUGCCUCCCCACACUUGGUGUUUGUCGAUAAGGUGACACAUGGAGGAAUAAAGGAGCCCCAAGAUUUCGCUCCCCACGGCAGUGAGCCGACUGACUUUCUUCCUCCUGUGGGAAGAGGUUGGCAAAGGAGUUUCUUUCUUUCAAAGGCUGCUAAUGUUGGGAAUCAGGCUUUGAAACUCCUACCCAUGAAAUUGAAUAUUGCAUUUGUCUGCAGUCAAAAGUUACGUCUAAAAAGUUCUUUAUUGGCAGAUUUUAAAAGCUAAAGGAAGAUGUCUUUUUUCCCCAAAAUCUCUUUCCAACAUGAAGUUGAAGAGUAUCUCAUCAAAAUGUUCAGAAAUAAUGAGCUUAUCACUGCUUUAGGUACACAGGAGGUGGAAAGUAAAUAUCAGUCUCUGUUAAGUCAUCUAUCUCAUCCACCAGGUUUCACAACUGUUAGAGUUAAUACCCGCUUGGCCUCAGUGAAACACGUGAAGAAAUUGCUGUUUGAAGAGAUCCAGAAGCAAUUUAAAGGACUAUGUGUUCCAGUUCUUGAGCACCCGAAACUCCAGGACGUCUUAUUAAUUCCUGUCAUUGGACCCAGGCGAGAUUUAAAAAAACAUGCAUCUGAAGUCAUUGUUGGAGCCCAAUGUGGAUAUGCAGUACUUCGAGGAGCACAUGUUUAUGUCCCUGGAAUCAUAUCUACCUCAAGAUAUAUGAAAGCUGGAGAUCUGGUCUCAGUGUAUUCAGAUAUUGAAGGGAAAUGUAAAAGAGGAGCCAAAGAAUUUGAAGGAGUCAAAGUUUUCCUUGGAAAUGGGAUUUCAGAACUGAGUCGCAGUGAAAUCUUUAGUUCAAGUGGCCCACUGAAUGGGAUGGGCAUAAGAAUGAUAGAGACAGUCUACCUUAGUCCUUCAUUUGACAAUGUGCUCCCUAGUCAUUUAUUUUUACAGAACUUGCCUUCUGUGGUUGUGAGCCAUAUUUUAAACCCUCAACCAGGAGAGAGAAUUUUGGAUAUGUGUGCUGCACCUGGAGGAAAAACAACCCAUCUUGCAACACUAAUGCAUGACCAGGGUGAAGUAAUAGCCAUGGACAAGAUAGCUAACAAGGUCAAAAAAAUCAAGCAGAACGCUGAUUUGCUACGUUUGAAUUGUAUUAAGGCCUUUUGCUAUGAUGGAACAAAGGCACUUUCAGUUGAGAAGAGAGAUGAUGAACAAGAAGGACCUCCAUUCUUACCAGAGUCGUUUGAUCGAAUUCUUCUUGAUGCUCCAUGUAGUGGGAUGGGACAGAGACCAAACAUGGCUUAUUCCUCAACUUUAAAGGAAGUGACCUCUUAUCAGCCACUACAGCGCAAGCUUUUCACUGUGGCAGUGAAAUUGCUGAAGCCAGGAGGUAUUUUAGUAUACAGUACGUGUACAAUUACACUUGCUGAAAAUGAGGAACAAGUUGCUUGGGCCCUGAAAACUUUUCCAUGCCUCCAGCUUCAGCCACAGGAACCUCACAUUGGAGGAGAAGGCAUGAGGGGAACUGGACUGUCGCUUGAUCAGCUGAAGCUGCUGCAGAGAUUUGAUCCAUCUGCUGUGCCACUGCAAGGAAUGGACAUUAAUUCUUUGCAAGAUUCCAGGGAAGAUGAUCUGAUUUCACGGGCAAAUAAAGACUGUAUAGGAUUUUUUAUUGCAAAAUUUAUUAAGUUGAACAGCAAAUAAGCAUUUAGUAAUGCAACGUGAAAAAAAUACCUCUGUGAGUCUUAAGAAGAAUUCAGGCAUGAAGUGUGUUUCUUCCUGCUGCAUUGUUGCCAAGCCAACAGGCUGACGGCAGGGUUGCUAUGGCAGCGAUAAAACCUGCCAGCUGUUCUGCUGGGAAAGAGCCACAGGUUGCAGAAGGGAAGUCAUGGCUGGGGGAAGGGUAGUAUCAAUUUGAAGUCUCCAUUUGCUUUUAUAUUUACAGUAGGUCAGUGCAUGAAUGACAAGUAUGUUCACUGUCUGUUCAAUCUUUCCCCAUGUGAGUUGCUUCUCUAGUGCAGCAAGCGUAGGAACAGGAUUUCUCUGGGAGGGGAAGUAAGCUACUUUAUGAAGUGCAACGUAAAUAAAUUACAUGGGAACAAUUAUAAUGAAUUUUGGAAAAGGUAGUUUCUAUGGAGGUUUACCAAUAGUUAAUGUUUCAUUAAAUAACUGUAGCAUUUUACAAAGAACUGUUUUAUAAAUUGAUACUUAGAACCUCAUUUAUUUUAAUACAAGCAAGAUUCUCUGUACACAUAGUAUAUACACAAAAUACGAUUAGGCUUUGUAGCAUGUCUUUUAUAGCAGCAUGAAUAUAUUAAACCAUCUCACUCUGGGAAUGUAAAUAAAUAUUGUUUCAACAUCAAACUUCCCAUGCAUAAAGUGUAUUGGUUUUGAAAUAGCCUAUUCGACUGACUGACAAGUGACAAUUUUAAAAUCAAACAUUUGCAACAGAAGGGGCUACAGUUGUGAUUAAUAUAUCAAAAGACAGAAAACAAUGCAUAAUACCAUCUGAAAUGUUCCAAAUCACCUUUCAGACAACUAAGAAUAUUAACUCUUUAUUGGUUAGAAAGCAUCACCAGUUAAAAAUCAUAUGAAAAUUGAAACUGGGGAAGCAUGCUAAUGAGAACUGCCUUAAUACACUGCUCAAAGUUUUAAUAAUCUAAAUUUCUUAAAGGUGUUAGAUGUACUUAAAAAUUCUGCUUCAGUUCCACAGAUGUUCUCCAUUUGAACAGCAUUCUCUUUUCUUAGUACUGCUAGAACUGACCAUAGCACUAAGAUUAGAGGGAAAAGGAAGUACAAUUCAAAAACAUAAAUUGACAUCUGUGCCAGUUUUUUUCCUCUCAUCAAUUUCUAGUUUUUAAAAGCAUUAUCUGAAAAUGUCUGUCUCUUCACAUGUAACUAUUCGGUUGGAUUAAAAAGAGCAAUACUUCUUUUAUGAUUUGUCUUUAUACCGUCAGAAGUGCUUUUGCAUUUACUCGCAAUCAAAAAAAAAACCCCAAAACUAUUCUGUUUCUCAGUAGUCUGGUUGUUUACUUAUAUUUGCUAUAAAUGUUUUGAUACCAUAUGUUUUCUACUGUUCUGAAAUAAAGCAAAUGUCCCUUCUUCUGUUCUACCAAGGUUGAUUAGUGAAUCCUCUGUAAGGCCUACCCUAGCAGCACAGGGUAGGAGGAUGGAAUCCUUGUCUACUACUUGUCUACUGUUGUUGGUCACUCCUUGCCAUUAGCCACAACAUGUCUAAAGACAUUUUAAAGUAAUUUUGUUUCAUCAGUAGUAGUGAGAUAUCCUAUUUAGAAUCAUAAAAGCUCAUACUAUAAAUUACAGUCUUUUAAGUCUAAAUACGGACGAUAAAAUAAUUACUUGGUAACAAAAGGGAUUAGUCUUUUACUGUAAGUACAUGUUGAAAUCUUUAACUCAGUGCUAGUAAAAAAAGCAUUUGCUUUUUGCAGAAUAUAUAAAUUCUGUAAACAUUAAUCAGCACACAUAGACUAUAUACUGAAAUUUGCAUAUGUAUAUAAAAUAAGGAACUUUGCCUCCAGUUUCAGCAACAGGAUUUGUGCAAUGCUGAAUUUGAAAGAAUUAAGAUUGCUGAAUUUUUAGUGGAAGAUUUGUUGAGACUUUCCCAGAUUUCUUUAGUUUUGAACGAUAAACAGGCUUUUCAAGAAGGUGUUCUCACUUGAUUUUAUAUGAGAAGUUUCUUGUGGGGGG